AAUGAUAGUUACAACCUCUAGAUCUCCCAAAUCUCCCCUCUCUACCUCUACACUUCUCCCAAUCUCUCAUUCUUUUCCAUUAUUUCUCUUCAAAGGACAAAUUAUUCAUUUCUUUUACCCUCUCUUUCAUAUUCUUUAUGUUGCAUGCAUUUUUAGAGGUUGACCUAUAUAUGUACAUGUGUUGUUGCUUUUACAACUAGCUAGGGUUUUCUGAUUUCUCAUUUUUCUUUCCUUCAAAUGAUUAUGGAUUUUGUUCUGUGUUUUUGGGUUUUGAUGGGUUUUGUUAUUGGAUGGUGUUGCUAUUAUUACAACUUCAAGAGGAUGGUGAUGAUGAAUAACAAAGUUAAGGUACCUAAAGGAAACUUGGGUUGGCCUUUUCUUGGUGAAACUUUGGCGUUCAUUUCUUCUGGUUACACUUCUCAACCUGUUAGUUUCAUGGACAAAAGAAAAUCUUUUUGUGUAUGUUUCAGAUACGGGAAGGUGUUUAAAACACAUAUAUUAGGAACACCAAUUAUAAUAUCAACCGAUGCAGAAGUGAACAAAGUGGUAUUACAGAACCAAGGAAAUGUGUUUAUUCCUGCUUAUCCCAAGUCAAUACGGGAGUUACUUGGAGAAUUUUCUAUUCUGCAAAUGAAUGGAAGUCCGCAGAAGAAACUUCAUGCGGUUCUUGGGGGAUUCCUGAGAUCGCCACAGCUCAAAGCUACCAUCACCAGAGAUAUUGAAAUCUCUGUCAAACUCACUUUGGAUUCAUGGCACCACAUGCACUUUGUUUACAUUCAAGAUGAAACCAAAAAGAUUACUUUUCAAGUUUUGGUGAAAGCAUUAAUGAGUGUUGGUCCAGGCAAUGAUUUAGAGUUCCUUAAGAGAGAAUUUGAAGAGUUCAUCAAAGGAUUAAUCUGUUUACCAGUCAAACUCCCUGGGACAAGACUAUAUAAAUCUUUGAAGGCAAAGGACAAGUUGACAAAGAUGGUGAAAAAGAUUGUGGAAGAAAGAAAAUCAGCCAUGCAAAAAUCUAACGAAAAUACAAUACCUAAUGAUGUAGUUGAUGUACUUUUACGUGACGGUGUUGAUGCGAACGAUCACAAACAAUCCCCAUCGUCGGAUUUCAUCAGCAGCAAUAUCAUCGAAAUGAUGAUUCCAGGAGAAGAGACUGUACCUACGGCUAUGACUCUGGCUGUCAAAUUCCUAAGUGACUACCCCGUCGCUUUAAAACAAUUAACGGAGGAGAAUAUGGCUUUGAAGAGGCAGAAGAUUGAUUCUUGUGAUGACUAUAAUUGGACUGACUACAUGUCCUUGCCAUUUACUCAAAAUGUGAUUAGUGAAACACUUAGAAUGGCAAAUAUUAUUAAUGGGGUUUGGAGGAAAGCCCUCAAGGAUGUGGAAAUUAAAGGUAAUUUGAUUCCACAAGGAUGGUGUGUCCUGGCAUCAUUUAUUUCUGUUCACAUGGACAAAGAAAUUUAUGAAAAUCCCUAUCAAUUCAAUCCAUGGAGAUGGGAGAAGGCUACUGCUAACAAUGGCUUCACACCUUUUGGCGGAGGACAGAGGCUUUGCCCCGGGCUAGAAUUAUCCAGGCUUGAAAUUUCAAUCUUCCUUCACCACCUUGUCACUACUUAUAGAUGGACAGCUGAAAAGGACGAAAUCGUCCAUUUUCCAACAGUAAAGAUGAAGAGGAAGCUACCAAUCAAAGUCACAACUUUAUGAAUAACAAUUUAGAUGACCAACCACCAAUUAAUAUAUACAUUUUACAUAUAGAUGAAGACAGUAUUUUUCCAAUGAAAAAUAGGUUGACGUUCUAAUUUGCCAAAACAUAAAAAUUGGUGGCUACAUUUGUCGAAUUUCAAAGUUCAUAUUUAUAAAUUAUGAAUCUUAGUUUUAUCAUAA